AUGGCACCUUUCAAGUUCAGUACAGACGUUCAGUUCACUGCAAUACAUUGAAUUUCCAUUUUUAACGCGUUUCAACAAGUUGUGUUAGUUUUCUAUGAUUUUAUUUGUAAUUGGUCAACAAUGAAAACAAAUUCCAACACCCGAAUCAUUGGGGCUCGAGUGGUGCUUGUUCCCUACAGAGAAGAGCAUGUUGAAAAAUACCAUGAGUGGAUGAAAUCUCCAGAACUUCAACACCUAACAGGGUCAGAGCCUUUGACGCUUGAAGAAGAAUAUGAGAUGCAAAAAUCGUGGGGAGAAGACGAAAAUAAGUGCACUUUCAUCGUUCUCGACGCUGAGAUUUAUUCCAAAACCAACGACGAAAUAGUCUCAAUGAUCGGUGACACUAAUUUGUACUUCAAUGACCCCGAUGAUAUUCAUGCAUCUGAAUGUGAGAUAAUGGUAGCGGAGGAGACAGCAAGAGGUCGAAAAAUGGGGUGGGAGGCAAUAAUCUUGAUGUUGAGAUACGGGGUGGAAGUUCUGAAAGUAUCCAAAUAUUCGGCGAAAAUCAAAAUGGAUAACGAAAAAAGCAUCAGGAUGUUCCAGAAACUUAAGUUUACGGAGGCCAGUAGAAGUGAAGUUUUCCAAGAAAUUACACUUUUACGGAAAGUAAACGAAGAAUGGAGUGAAUGGCUUGUGUUUGAAACUUCCGGUGCAUGCAGGGAAGAUCAAUACUGUUCGCACAAGUUCCAUCGAGAGCGCAGUUCUCUCGUUGCGAUAUCAUAUCAGUUGUUUCGUCGAGGCUCGAGGCGCAACAUUACAAAGAUGUACCACGCUACAGGUCAGAUAAUUGUUUUCUCUCUACUGAAUUUUUCUUCAGAAGAAUCACGGAAUGGGCCCAUUGAAAAAAAAUUUUCACUCGUCCUCUUAUCAGCUUCAAGGCAAAGUAGUGAGGUGAGAAAUAAUCAAUUCAUGUUGUACCAUCUGGGAUGGUUAUCACCAUUCGGAAUGUCGUUAUCCAAAAACAUUCUCAAUUUUGUGAAGAAACCAUUGAUUUUCAACUCUCUCAUCUAUGGAUCCUUUUAUACAAGUGCUGAAUUCCUUCAACAGACGUAUAAACUACAAGAGCGAAAAAAAGAAACCUCAUCAACGGCCAGAGCAUUGACUGUCACUGAGAGCACGGUUCCACUGGUUGUCAUCGGAUCGCAAAGUAAUUCGAGAGUGGCUUCGAAUGAAAGAGGAAAAGGAAUACAUAAAACGAUAGAUAAAGAUGGCUAUAACUGGUCUGUUCUGCAAAGAUACGUUGUCUAUGGGUUUUUUUUGGCAGGUCCAAUACUCCAUAAAUGGUACUUGUGGCUGGACAGUUUUUACGUUGGAAUAGCUGGUACAACUUUAAUGAAGAAAUUAUUCUGCGAUCAGUUCCUUCUCACUCCACCUUUACUUGUGCUAUUUUUCAGUAGUAUGAGCUUAAUGGAGGGGAAAGAGGAUAUCCUUGAAGAGUGUAGAGCAAAAUUCUUAAAAACAUUCCAGACUUCUUGCCUUUACUGGUUGCCAAUGCAAUUUGUUAAUUUCCUAAUGGUUCCUGCGAAAUUUCGCGUUGUCUUCGUCAGUAUUGCCGCCUUUCUCUGGGUAAACAUAUUAUGCCAUCUCAAGAGAACGCCUGUCUCCAGCAAUGAACAAUAAUACUCCAAGGGAUUUCUGUGAAAUAAAUUUCUCCAACUACGAAAGAUUAUAAUAAAAAUAUUUUUUCUUCCA